CCUUUGGAAGAAGGAAGUGUUUGGUCAGACAGGCAGACCGGCAGAGCAGGUAGCGCGGGUGGGUUGCUUGAGUUCGGCAGGGCUGGCGCUUGAGGGGAGCUGCAGUAGACGCCAUGGGGGUGCCGAAGUUUUACCGAUGGGUCUCGGAGCGGUAUCCCUGCCUCAGCCAGGUAGUGAAGGAGCAUCAGAUUCCAGAAUUUGACAACUUGUACCUGGACAUGAAUGGUAUAAUUCAUCAAUGUUCACACCCUAAUGAUUAUGAUGUUCACUUCAGAAUCUCUGAAGACAAGAUCUUUGCUGAUAUAUUUCACUACUUGGAAGUAUUGUUUCGCAUUAUUAAACCAAGAAAGGUUUUCUUCAUGGCAGUUGAUGGAGUAGCUCCAAGAGCAAAAAUGAACCAGCAGCGUGGCAGACGUUUUAGGUCAGCAAAGGAAGCCGAGGACAAAAUAAAGAAAGCAUUAGAAAAAGGAGAAGCUCUUCCCACAGAAGCCAGAUUUGAUUCCAACUGUAUUACACCAGGGACUGAAUUCAUGGCCAGGUUGCAUGAACAUCUGAAGUAUUUUGUAAAUAUGAAGAUUUCCACAGACAAAUCCUGGCAAGGCGUCACUGUCUACUUAUCAGGACAUGAGACACCAGGAGAAGGGGAACAUAAAAUUAUGGAAUUUAUAAGGUCAGAGAAAGCAAAGCUUGACCAUGAUCCAAACACGAGACACUGUCUGUAUGGUUUAGAUGCUGACUUGAUUAUGCUUGGACUGACAAGUCAUGAGCCACAUUUCUCCCUUUUAAGAGAAGAGGUUCGAUUUGGUGGCAAAAAAUCACAAAGAGCAUGUGCCCCAGAAGAAACAACUUUUCAUCUACUGCACUUGUCCUUAAUGAGGGAAUACAUUGACUAUGAGUUUUCACCUGUUAAGGACAAGAUUUCAUUUCCAUAUGAAAUUGAAAGAAUAAUAGAUGACUGGAUCUUAAUGGGCUUUCUUGUUGGAAAUGAUUUUAUCCCUCAUCUACCUCAUCUGCAUAUUAAUCAUGAUGCACUGCCACUACUUUAUAGAACAUACAUGGCUGUAUUGCCUGAACUUGGAGGGUACAUUAAUGAAAGUGGACACCUCAACUUGCCACGCUUUGAGAAGUAUCUUGCAAAACUGUCAGAUUUUGAUCGUGAGCACUUCAGUGAAGUCUUUGUAGAUCUGAAGUGGUUUGAAAGCAAAGUAGGCAAUAAAUAUUUGAAUGAGGCAGCAGGUAUUGCAGCUGAAGAGUCAAAAAAACAAAAGAAACGCAAGGCUCAGGAAAAUGCCAUAUUCUUGGCUGCUUUAGAAAAAACUGACAGUGGAAAUGUAGCAACUUCAAAAACGGCAUUAGAAGAUGAGCCAGAAGAUGAUGAUUUGUUUGAGACAGAGUUUCGACAAUACAAAAGAACAUACUAUAUGACAAAGAUGGGUGUAGAAGUAGUUUCAGAUGACUUCCUGGCUCACCAAGCAGAAUGCUACAUCCAAGCAAUACAAUGGAUAUUGCACUACUACUACCAUGGGGUUCAGUCAUGGAGCUGGUACUACCCCUACCAUUAUGCGCCUUACCUCUCAGAUAUUCGCAAAAUCAGUGAACUGAAGAUUCAAUUAGAUUUAGGAAAACCAUUCCUACCAUUUGAACAGCUUCUUGCAGUACUACCAGCAGCUAGCAAGGAUUUGCUACCAAAAUGCUACCAGCAUUUGAUGACCAGUGAAGAUUCUCCCAUUAUUGAAUAUUAUCCAGUUGAAUUUAAAACAGACCUAAAUGGAAAGCAACAAGAAUGGGAAGCUGUGGUGUUAAUUCCAUUUAUUGAGGAGAAACGAUUGUUAGAAGCCAUGGAAUCCUGUAAUAAGUUAUUGACAGAAGAAGAAAAACAAAGAAAUAGGCACAGUGAGUGCUUCAUGUACUUGUAUGAUAGAGAUACAGAGUUCAAGUACCUCUCACCUUGGCCAGAGAAGUUCCCUUCCGUAGAAAGAUGCCAUGUCAGGCAUAAAGCUAUGUCUUUGGAUGCUUGGCAUGUAGAUAUAGCCCAUAAUAAAAUAACUGAAGUGGAUUUGCAGAGGUUGUAUUUCUGUGGUUUUCCUACUCUGAAGCAUAUUAAUCAUAAGUUCUAUCUUAAAAAAAGUGGGGUGCAAGUAUUUCAGCAGAGCAGCCAUGGAGAAAAUAUGCUUUUGGAAAUUAUGGUUGCAGAAGAUUCAGAGGAACUGAGUGUAGAAUAUGUAGCCAGUUCGGUGCUUGGAAAAUCAAUCUUUGUUAAUUGGCCACACCUGGAGGAAGCCAGAGCUGUUGCUGUAUCAGAUGGAGAAACUAAGUUUAGUUUGGAGGAGCCUCCCGGAACACAAAAACUCUAUAUGGGAAAUGCUGUGCCACCUACUAAAGUAACAGUUGUUGGAGAUAAAGAACAGAAUUUUUGGAUGAAAGAAAUCCAAGGAAUUACAGAAUACUACCAGAGAAGAAAAGGAGUAUUUAUAAAUGACACCUGUAUAAUUGUAUAUGCUCAGUUGCUAACUGGACGUAGGUAUCAUUUACAUCAAAAUGGUGAAGUGUGUUUGGAGAAGCAGUGGUCCAAGCAGAUUCUGCCUUUUGCAUACCAAACAAUUGUCAAGGAUUUAAAAACAUUUGAUUCUCGUUAUUCCAAACUCAAAACUUUGGAUGACCUAUUUCCUCUUGGAUGUACAGUCUUCAUGCUGGGAACACCUUACUAUGGCUGCACAGGAGAAGUUCAGGAUUCAUCUGAUGUUAUCUUAGAAGGCAGAAUUCGUGUUGUUUUCAACAUUCCAUGUGAACCUCAGCUGGAUAUUUUAAUACAAAAUCAGCAUAAAUAUUGUGUGAAAUACAAUCCUGGAUAUGUGUUGGCUAGUCGUCUUGGAGUGAGUGGCUAUCUUGUCUCAAGAUUUACAGGAAGCAUUUUUAUUGGAAGAGGGUCCAGGAGAAAUCCACAUGGAGAUCAUAAAGCAAAUGUGGGAUUGAAUCUAAAAUUCAAGAAAAAGAACGAAGAGGUCCCUGGUUAUACUAAAAAAGUUGGAAAUGAAUGGAUGUAUUCCUCUGCAGUAGAGCAAGUCCUUGAUGAAUAUUUGGAAAGGGCACCAGAACUUUUUAAUUAUGUAGCCAAAAACAGUCAAGAAGAUAUAUUCUAUGAAGAUGACAUUUGGCCUGGUGAAGAAGAGAAUGGUGCUGAGAAAGUUCAAGAAGUCGUUGCAUGGCUAAAGGCUCAUCCUGUCAGUACACUCUCACGUUCUUCUUGUGAUUUACAAAUUUUGGAUGCAGCUAUUGUUGAAAAGAUUGAAGAAGAAAUAGAAAAAUGCAAGAAAAGAAAAAGUAAUAAGAAAGUACGUGUGACAGUGAAGCCUCACUUGUUAUACAGGCCUCUAGAACAACAACAUGGAAUUAUACCAGACCGAGAUGCAGAAUAUAGACUAUUUGAUCGUGUUGUGAAUGUGAGAGAAAGCUUCUCAGUUCCCCUUGGACUUCGUGGGACUGUAAUAGGGAUUAAAGGAGCCAGCAGAGAAUGUGAUGUGCUGUAUGAAGUACUCUUUGAUGAAGAGUUUCCCGGUGGCUUAACAAUAAGGAGCUCACCUGACAGAGGGUACCGCAUGCCAGCUAGUGCCUUAAUUAAUCUUUCUCAUGGUAAUCGGUCUGAAACAGGAAAUCAGAAGCUAACAGCCAUAGUCAAACCCCAGCCAGCUGUGAGUCCCUACAGCUCAUAUUCACCUGAAUCAUUUUCACAAAAAGCACAUCUAGGAGGUCUCAACCAUUCCCCUCGUUCCCUCUUUGUUCCAACUCGACAAUUGAAUGGAAGACAGCAUAACAAUAUGAAGGCUGAAAAUAAGGGAAAUUCCCAUUUCUUCCAGAAAGGAACUUACUUAAGUGGAAAUCAGAAAUAUAAAAAUAAACAAGAUGAUGAAUUUUGCAACAUUUGGCAGUCAUUGCAAAGCUCUGGGAAGUCUCAGUCCACCGAACCAAACUGUCAUGAGAAGGGUGGAAUUUUACCUCAGUAUAUAAAGCUAAGUGCAAGUGGCCAGUACAGCAAACCAGUAGUUAAUGACAGUAGCUUCAAAGGCCAGCAACGAAAACAGGAGUCAUUUAGGAAAUCCAAAGAAGACUCAAAAGAUUCAAGAAAUGAAGGCCAAACACACAAAGUAUCAAGCAAAUCGAAUUUUUCAGGUGCUAAUAAAUAUAAUGUGAAGCUUUUGAAGAGGAAUGAAGGCCCCAGUGUGCCAGUAGAACAAAAGCCUUUAGUUGAUGGGCCCAGUUUGACUGAAAAGAAUGGAUCUGAACUUGAAGACAUUUUUGCAUCUCUGAAUAUUUUCAAAGAAAAGGAAGUGCAGUCAUCUUAUUCCAAGGAGCCAAUAAAUGAAGAGCACUUGUCUCCACAGACUUUUGCUAUGAAAGGAACACAGAUGCUCAAAGAAAUUUUGAAGAUAGAUGCUUCUGAUAAAGCAGAAACAAAGACAGCAACUAAUGAAGUUUCUACUUUCUCUAGUAGGCAGGAUUUUCAUGAACCUGCCUCACAUCAUAAACAUACAAAAAAGAUGGCAGCUUUCAUGAACAAAUCCGUUAGCACAGGGGGGUCUCAGAACACUCAGAUUAUGGAAACUGGAGGCCACCCACUUCUUGGACAACCAAACCCAUUGUCUACUCCUGUAUCUGAACUUUCUCGUACCUGUUCCCUUGUUGGAAUGCUGCAGCCAGAAUUCUCAUUCUUUCGAACCCCCCAGACAAUGACAGUUUGUCAAGUAAAACUGUCAAAUGGUUUAUUAGUACAUGGACCUCAAUGCCAUUCUGAAAAUGAAGCCAAGGAGAAAGCAGCAUUUUUUGCUUUACAGCAAUUGAGCUCUUUUGGGAUGAAUUUUCCUCUGCCACUGCCACCACCACCACCAGUAUUUCCAAAUUAUCAACCUAUGGGAACUAUUGUGCCACCUGGAUCCAUUCCACCAGUCUUCACCCAGCACACUGCUAAUUUGUUUCCUUCACCAUCUCAUGCAUUUGGCCCAGUGCCAUGGGGAGGACCAGUUCAUGGCAAACCUUAUUAUCCUGCUUCAUAUCCUGGAAAUAUUCCUUUUGUAGGCAGUGUACCCAUUGGCACACACAAUCAGUUUAUACCUUUGCAGGUAACUAAGAAAAGGGCUGCAAGCAAAAUUAAUUCUGAGGCUAAGGAAUUCCCACCUUCUCUUCAAGAUGUGCAGUUAAGGAAUGAACAGUCAGUUUCAGACUCAACUAAACUGAAUCUACAAGAUGUUUCUUCAGAUCCUUUAAGAUCUCCACCUCAAGCUACUCAAUCUAUAGCACCCUUUCAAGAGAAAACAGCUUCUCAAAGUUCAGUUGUGUCUCGUAAAAAAUCAACACCAAAUGUUUCUUCCAAGCGAAAGUCAAGAAAAUUGGCUGUCAAUUUUGGUGCACCUAAAACUUCAGAAUAAAGAUGGUACAUGGAUAACAUUAACUAUUGAUGGAUAACAUCCUUAACUAUUAUGAAAAGGAGGAAAUAAAUUAUAAUAAUUCAAGAGAGGCUUUAAAUUGUUAAUAUUUUUGUCAGUUACAUUAUUUUUAAAAAUGAUUAUGCUCACUAAAGAAAUUGACAACUUGAUUAAACCAGGAAACCCUGAAUUAAGGGAACUAGCCUAGCCAUUGUGCCUAGGUCUCUAAAAAGUGGUUUUUAUAUCCUAUCCCAGCAGAGGAGCAAUAAUAUUGUCAUGGCUGUCCUAAUGUAGAAUUUUGUUGUUUAAACCAAGAGAUGAAAGGCUUCUGAAAAUACAAAGCAUGAUUGUUGAUGUUAUGUCUCCUUUUUAAUUAUAACUUCUAAAGGUGAUUUAUUUAUAUGUACCUUGUGUAUUUGAUUUCUAUAUUCUCAGAUCCUUUUGAUCUGAUAGUGUGUGAAUAGAUUCUAACUAUUGUGGCACUGCCAGCUUUGCUUGGUGCAAUGUUGAUUUCAAAGAGUUAUUCCAAAACAACUUAAUAAAUUAGACAUUGCCUAUCAGCAAUUAUUGUAAUACACUGUCUUUAUCUAGAUGGCACCAUGAGCAAGCCACUGAUGGAUGAAAGCAGAGUGAAUAAAUGCUUCAGUAAUGAUUUACAGAAUGCAGACAUAUUUAAGAAGUACCCCAUAAUUGUAUCAAGUUUAAUUUUGUAAAUGACUGUCUGUAUGCUGCUCAACCAUGACAGUGGCCCUGUUUGACUGUAAGAACCACAAAUUAACCCAUGACUUGUUUUGGUGUUAGCUUAUGCUUGUUUAACCCAGAGACAACCCCAUGUCCAUUUGGAUGUCAUGAAGGAAUUGGAGCAUUGUUAAUGCAAACAGAAAGUGGUUUGGACACAGUUUGUCAUGUCCAAAAGGAGUCACAGCCUCCACUGCAGAUCUGGUUUUGUUCUUAACACAAAUAUUUUUAAAUACCUUUUAGUACUUCCCUUCUCCUGUUUGAUUAAAUAAUGCAUUUUCAUAAAUAUAAAUAAGCUUUGCCAUUCAAAAUUGUGUUUCUACAGACUAGAUUUAAAUUUUAUCAUUUUUAAGAGGAAGACAGUCAAUGCAAACUAACUAGUAUUCAGAUCCAAACAUUGUCUUGGUACUAACAAUGUCUUCAUAUAGUCUAAUGUUCUUCAGCACACAUUCAUAUUUCUUAUUUUGUUAGAAGUAAAAUAGUAAGCUGUUUUUAUAACUAAUUUGUAAACUGCCACAAUUCUCUUUUUAGCACAAGCAAUCUCAGUGGUUGUACUGUGUAGAUAAGCUGCAGUCUUUAACACUGCUUUUUCAGCGAAUCCCCGUGUAGGACAAUGAUUUCUAAACAGUGCUGUUAGUUUAUCAUAGCUCCAAGUAUGUGCACAGCUAUUUAAAUGUAAGGUUCCCUUUGUGCUCCAACCCUCUAGUUCUACCCCUCAAACUAUAUAUAUUUAUAUAUGCACAUACUCUUUCUGUCAUGCAGAUUAAAAUUCAUGAAAAAUCAAUGAAAAGCAGCAUGGUCUUUAGUUUGAGGAUAUUUUCACAUAGCAUGUAAGACAUGGGCAAUUACCACAUAACUAUGGGCCUAAUCCAGUUAAAGUGAGAAAUGCUUCCCCUCUCACAUGAUUUCAACAGUGAACAUAGGCUUAAUGCAGACAUUUACAUUAAUAGAAGUGCUUUAACACAGGGCACAGUUCAGCUAUAUUUACAUUGAUACAAUCUGGCAUAUUGUAUUCAUUGAUACAACUGUUUCAACUGUUUUUCAGCUCAGGUUGUAUGUUAUUUUUACCUCAAUCUCUGGAGCAUGACUAUGGAUUGUUAACUGUCAGAGAGAGAACUGAUUUGAUUUACCAGUGUGUCUGAGAUGCUACUUCAAAUUUUCAUUUGUUUGCAUGUUAGGGCUAUAUAUGGCUAACUUUGGCAUUGGAAUCUCUUCUAUACUAAAAUAGGUAAGAUUUACUGUGGCUUCUGCUGUCUGUAUACUAGAACUAGACACAGAAAGAAGGAUUUGUUGAAAUUGAAAUCUCAGAACCAGCAAAACCAUCUAUCUGUUGGUACCCUUAUACCAGAAAUUCUGUUUUGAAUUGAACUAAAACUGUCCAAGUGUAUCAUCAUCCUGGUUGUCAUCUGUGCUUUGCAUUUGUAUCUGUUCCAUUAUGUUUUGUUUUCCGUUAGUCUGCAGGACUGGUAUUAGUUUCCUUAUAUCUGGUAUCCAGUAUUUAAAUGUUUACCUAAGAGAUAAUUGGCUUAUGACAUUUUAUCCAUUAUUUCAGUUUAAUUUUGAUAAAGGUAUAAUUGCUGAUUUUCUCUCAAAGUGUAUUUUGUAAAUGCUGGAUUUUUUCACUAAGAUCUUGUACAGAGCAGUAUUUUAUUAAAAUCCAAAAGGGAAGACAUAUGCACAUUUUUAUAAUUUCUUUUUUAAAUAGAACUUUGUCUAUUUGCCAAGUAAAAUGUUUUAAAUUGGCAUGAAUAUGGAGUGUAUUUUUGUGUAUAGUGUUGUGCAUUUCAAAAUUCUAGCAUGUAUUUGUGCAAAGGUUUGUGCAAAGGUAUUUUAAAUACAAAUGUAAAAAUAUGCAUCGAGGCAAAAUAUCAAAUAGAUUAAAUGCUCUGAACAACUUUACUACAAUAAUUUUAUAGAAGACUUAGCCUCUGCUUGCAUUAAAAAUACGAACUAUU